CAGCUUCGGGUUGUCGGACGUCUUCACACAUUCAAGCGGAAAUCAUACAAAACAAAGCAAAGCAAAACAAAUAAAUUUUUAAUAUUACUAUUAGUGUAUCGGCUGUUAAUUGUUAUUAAAUAAUAUUUGUGGUGCCGCAAUCCGUAAUCAUGUUGAAAUCAUUGUGCCUAAUUGUUGCCAUACAGUUGAUCUAUGUGACGCAGGCCGAAACGCCUGCCUACAUUAAGCCAUGUUCGCGCAACGAUCCCAAACUGGUUGAGUGUUUCAUUGGGGCUAUGGAGCAUCUGAGGCCCUAUCUCUCUGCGGGCAUACCCGAAAUAGAGCUGCCCGCGGUGGAGCCCUUCAAGAUGGACUCGCUUUCGCUGCAGCUGACCGACGGGCCGCAGGGCUACAAGAUUACGCUGAAGAACAUGGAUGUGUUUGGAGUCAGCAACUAUCACAUCAAGUCGAUGAAGCUGGGCGUCAAUGGCGGUGAGCCCUUCAAGGCGCAAAUCGAGAUGCCCAAGCUCAAGAUCGAGGCCAAGUACACCAGUUCCGGCGUACUGCUGAUUAUACCUGCCUCUGGCGGUGGUGACUUCCACGCCAUCUUCGAGGGUGUUACUGCCGAUCUCACGGGCAAGACUUCCGCUCGUGGCGAAUAUCUCCACGUGGACUCGCUCAGCGUAGUGCUGAGUGUGAAGAAGGCCAACAUGAGCAUCUCGCGUGCCUUUAACAACAACCGAGUACUGCUGGAGGCCACAAAUCUGUUUCUACGUGAUAAUUCCGCAAUUGUGCUGGAGGCCAUGCAGUCGCAGCUGCAGAAGAAACUGGCAGCCCAAUUUGGCAAACUGGCCAAUCAGCUGCUCAAAAACGUUCCUGUCAGUCAGUUCUACACUGACUAAUUGCACAAAAUAUAUGCUAAGCACACUCUACACUUAAGUUGUUUAUUUAAUUAUAAAAUGCGCGUUGCACAAAGUAUUAAAUCAUAAGCGUACCUGCAAAAUGUUCUCCGUCUAUCUUAGUCUCUGACACAUAGGUAGGGGUAGGACGUUGAAAAUUUGACUGCAAUUUCUAUAAAUACUGCCCAAAGUAUAAAUUGUAAUAAAACAAACCAAUUUACGUUAUUGCUGAAAUAUAUCAAUUAUUAAUGGUCAGACUUUGCUGAGCUCUGACUAAACGAAAUUAAUUCGGCCUUGACUAUUUUACGAUUCUUUUUUACUUUGGUACUUGGUAUUAUAAAUACUGUUCAGGGUAUAAAAACUACUCUACUCUACCCUUUAAAUACUUUCUAAUUAAGCC